AUGGAGGAGAUAACAGAGAGACUGUCCUAUGUUAAGCUAGCCCCGCAGAAAUCGGAUGCUUUCCUCAGAGCCUUUGAGAAAGUUGUGGCCUACGCCAGUGAGCUCCGUGGUGAUCAGCUCUCUGAUGCUGAAAUCGACGUCACUCGACGACUUGCAGGACCCUUUACCUGUGGAAGACUGCUUAUUUUGCUCAUUGAGCCACGUCAACAACACCCGUGGCGCCAGGGCAUCCAUACUGUGAUCCUAGACUGCGCUACUCUCAAUGCGCUACGAGAAGGUGUCCACAUUGGGUCCAAUGGGGCAUUAUCUUUGGCUGAUGAUGUAUCGGUCCUUGAUCUUCGGCCGUUUGUAUGGGCCGGACUCAAAGACAGGCUUGAAGAAGGUCAACUGGUAAAACUUUAUGAUCUUGUUAUCGAGGCCAUUAGCGCGAAAAGGCCAGAUACCAUUCUACGCAUGGGUAACGUACGUCACCAGUCCCUUGUAGAGGGCCAAUGA